AUGGCAACAGCACAGCCAGAGACUUCAAUCCCAACUGGGCCACGACCCCCACGUUCUUCCAGGCCAUCUAGACGCAGAGGGCGGGGUUCUGCGAAGCCGGACGGUCAGCAAAAAACCCCUGCGAUUGAACCUCAAAAUCAGGCUACACCGCAAGCACAGCCUACACAGUCUCAACCACAGCCGAAUACGAUACCCCAGCCCAAUCAACAAGAUGGACCGUCCAAUUCGCGAAGAGGCGGAAACAGAGAAGGAAGGGGCCGCAGACAAAGAAAUAAUGGACCUCGUCAGAAUGGAGGACUUGAGAGCCAAGAGACAGGACCAGAGGCGCGAACCCGUGGGAUGAGAGCGCGUGGCUUCGAAGCCAAGUUGACAAGACCAGACCAGGCCAAAAAUGGCCCUCUAUUGGAUGGUGCGGAGCAUUCACAUGAUAACACAUUAAGACCCGAAGUGCCGGAUUUUGUACCGGGCGCCCCGUCAUUCCAGCAAGGACGAGCUUCUGAAGCAACGCCAUCCUUGAAAGGGAAGGGGAAAGCCAAGCAGCCUAGGGCGCCGCCACCUAAAGUCACAGCGAAGUCCACAGCCGACGAUCUGGCUACCCGCAUCCACGAAGACAUAUCGCAUAACCUAAAUGGUCCACGAAUGAAGGUGCAGCCGCACAGAGAACUUCUGCUCAAGAGGACGGGCAGAAAAUUACCACUCCUCGCGCUUGGCGUUGUCCGGGCUGUAACCUUUAUCAGCAAAACUUUCCCUCGAGCUACUCUUGCUGGUGUGAGAAAGAGGUCGAUCCUCGACCACUUCCCGGUUUACCUCCGCACUCGUGUGGUCAGACUUGUUCACGGCCUCGCAAGGGUUGCCCCCAUCCUUGUGACACGACUUGUCAUGCUGGUCCUUGUACACCUUGUACUGCUAUGGGUCCGAUACAAGAUUGUUUCUGUGGCCGUAAUUCGUCGCAGAAGCGUUGUCGGGAUACCGAUUAUGAGAAUGGAUGGAGCUGUGGCGAAAUCUGUGACGGAGAUGAUGUGUAAGUCUAAGGACGAUGAGGAGGACAGUCGAAUCAUUCGCGACGAUGGCUCGGAAGAUGAGUGGACUGGCUGCUUUGCUUGUGGAGAGACUUGUAACCGUCCAUUUGAUUGUGGCAUACAUUCAUGCCAGAAGAACUGUCAUCCGCAAGACCCUCAUCCUGCACACUGUCCACAGUCACCAGAUGUCAUCCUCAAUUGCGCCUGUGGCAAGACACCGUUAUCUGAGACCCCGGGAUAUACACCUCGAACAUCCUGCGAAGACCCUAUCUUGAAUUGUCAAAAGCCUUGUGGGAAAACAUUACCAUGUGGCCAUCCUUGCGAGAAGCUGUGUCAUGUUGGAUCCUGCGGUGCUUGUUUGCGCAAUGUCUACAUCAAGUGCAACUGCGGUCGUACUAAUAACCUGACAAUCUGUCAUCAGGGCAAGAAUGAGCCUCCCCAGUGCCCACGCAUGUGCAAGGCGACUCUACACUGUGGUCGACACACAUGCACUGAAAGGUGUUGUCCGGGAGAGCAAAGGGCCAACGAGCGCCAGGCUGCGCGUCGUAAACUCAGGUCUCAUCUCCGCCCUGCUGAUGAGGACAUCGAAGCGGAGCAUAUCUGCACUCGCGUAUGUGGCCGGAUGCUGAAAUGCGGAAGGCACACAUGUCCGGAGGUUUGCCAUAAGGGUGCUUGCAAUACCUGCCGGGAGGCAGUGUUCGAAGAGAUUCCGUGUAAUUGCGGAAGAUCUGUUCUGUAUCCGCCGCAGCCGUGUGGUGCAAAGCCACCUGCUUGCAACUUCCCCUGUGAGCGUCCAAAGCGAUGCGGCCAUCCUCAAGCCGCACAUACCUGCCACACAGACGAGGAGAACUGUCCGAAGUGUCCAUUCUUGACCGAGAAGGCGUGUCUGUGCGGAAAGCGGGUGUUGAAAAAUGUGCCCUGCUGGCUGACAGAUGCGCGCUGCGGUCAAGUAUGCGGGCAGCUGCUCAAGUGUGGCUCUCAUUUCUGCCGGAAGGACUGUCAUCGCCCGGAGGAUUGCGAAGAUGCAACCAAACCUUGCAGCCAACCCUGUGGAAAGAACAAGACGGUGUGCGGCCAUCCUUGCACAGAGCAAUGCCACGCGCCAUACGCGUGUCCAGAGAAGACACCGUGUUCGUCCAAGAUCGCAGUGACAUGUAGCUGUGGGCGACUGCGACAAGACAGACGCUGUAAUGCCGCCAAGGCUGUAACCUCCAAGGGCCAGGUGCAGACGCCCCAGCGGCAGCCAGAGUUGACCCCGUUGGCCUGCGACGACGAAUGCACGCGUCUAGAGCGGAACCGCUCCCUAGCAGGUGCUCUCGGCAUCGACAUCAACCAGACAACCACGCUUCAAACCAUCACAGCCGAGAACCUCCCCUACUCGGAAGAGACUCUGAACCAAUAUGUCCAGCUCGCAUGCUCGGUACCUUUAUCAACUCUCCAAACCUACGAGUCCAAUCUCCACACCCUGGCAGCAGCAGACAAACCCACCCGCUCAUUCCGCUUCCAGCCGGCGAAAUCCACUCUCCGCGCAUUUGCGCACUCCCUCGCCGCAGACUGGGGCUUCGUGACAGAAAGCCACGACCCAGAACCUCAUCGUCACGUCUUCGUCCUAAAACCGGUUGUUUGGACACCUCCUCUCUUCGGUAUGGGCAGCGGCUCGACCAUCGGUAUCGGCGGCAUGAGCGUCCGCGAGUGCGUCAAGCUCCGCGAGCGGGAGCGCAGCAAAGAACAAGAAGCGCGUCGUGUCGCCGCGCUCGAGGCUAAGGCGACCCGUGAAGCCGCUAAGGUACAGGCUAGUACUGGAGACGGUGGUUGGGCUCAGGUUGCUUCGAAGAGUAAGGGUGGGAGCGGGGCUAGUUCGAGAGCUGGAACUCCUGCUCAGAACCCGUGGGUGAGCAAGUCAAUUUAUGCAGCUCUCGAUAGUGACGGGGCGAAGAAGGAACGCUUGGUUUUAAGAUCUGGCGUUGGGGUUGGGAAGUCCUGGCGUGCGAAGGCCCCUGCGACUGCGGUUGUUGAUGAUUGGGAAGAGGCCGAGGAGAAGGAAGAGAAAGAGGAAGCGGGGGACCAGGACCAGGAAAUAGUUGUCCGUGAGGACCCUGAGGGAAAAUCUGAACUUGCACCUGAGACCGAGACUUCUGCGGAAGAUAGCCCCACUCAGGCUGAGGCAACUCAGGUUGAAGCAUUUGUUACAGAUGUGCUGGUCUAA